UGAGUUCUGUUCCGAGCAAUACGCCCAGACGCGUGCUCGAGCAGUCACAGUUGCGAGAACUGAACGCAUUAAACUCGUCACCGAGCGUGGCUCCAGUCGUGGGUGGCUCACCUUCUGCUGGUUCAGGCUCUGCGGUCCCUCCACCGAAUAGUAGUACAAAAAACUACGUUGAGGCCACCAGCGCUCCGGCCCGCCACGGCAGCAAAGCGCUUCCCGACAACGUGGCGAGAAAUAUGGACGCGUUGAAUUUGUCGAGGAAGGCGUUUCCGCAGGUGUUUCGCUUGAUCGAAAACACGAAGUUUCCGGAACCUUUUUUACGAAACGUGCGCCUCGAGACGGUGAAGACACCGCGGCAGUUUGGACAGGACGGCGUGGUGACGAGUGAUUUAACCGAAACAAAUCAUAAUGAUAAUCAAAAUGAAGUGGAUGCUGGGCUACAUCAAAAUCAACGAGAAACAGCUGCGUCUAGUGUUGCGCAGAGGACUACGGCCAGCGGGGCGUUCGCAGCUGCCACUUUGGAGCUACACCACCAUGCUCAACAAGAAAACGGGGCUCCUUCUCGUCAUCCGCUGAACGGUCGAUUCCAAAAAGUGCUUCAUCCCCCCGGCCCGGUGCGUGCCGACCACGGAGGUGCCCGGACGGCUUCUAGGGUAUCCAGUGCCAGUUCGGCGGACCGGGUCAGUCUGAAUUUAUGGCGUUCUCAACUGUUACAUUCUCAACUGUUACAUGAUUUGUGAUGCAAAUGCACCACCAAGAUCGCCGCGAUCAAGCUGCUUCGCAUGACAAAUAUCCGAAGGGCUAGACAGCAUCUAAAUCUGUGCCAAAUCUGUAAUGCAAAAGGCGCAAUCUUCCACCUUUCACUUUCGCCGUUCUUGCAUUACAAAUUCAUGUAACAGUUGAGAAUGUAACAUUUGAGAACGCCACAGAAUUUGGGGAAGAGUUUGCAGCUCGUUCAGGGUCUGUUGCAACAGAUGGAGCGGAAAGAAAGGGUAAGUGUUUUCGAUGCUGGAGGAAACAAUACGAUGAACAGCAACGAUUACCACGCCGAGACCACUAAAGCGGGCACAACUCUUCCCGAAGGGCGCGCAACGGCAGUGGUACGACAGAACAUCCAGCAGCAACUGCAUCAGCAACAACAUGCUAAAACACCGACAGUUCGCGUGGAUCUGCACGAGACAGCGUCAGGAAAUGGAAACGAAAAUGCGAGCAUGUUGAGCAAGUACGACGAGGACGCAACGACGAAAACAAAUAUUGCAUCGAAUGGAAAUAGUUCUGUACCGUCACGCUUCAAGCCGGUGUUUGCUUCUUCCACAAGAAGACCGCAAACCGCAACGCCGACUGCGGCGGCGGCCAACAGUUAUGAUAAAGAAGAUUCUGCUCAAGACGUAGAGCAGCCAGUACGGAAGACCAAGAUGAAAUCUUUCGCUGACGUGGUGAAAAGAGUGCAGGAGCAACAGAAGGAGUUGCCGCACUACGCGCGCCCGACCAUGGCGUCGCUUUUUGAAAGCAAAAGCGAGAAGGACAAAGAGCAGGCAGCGGCGCUACGGGAGAAGGAGCGAAAGAAGUUCGUCGUCGAGGGCGCGCGGCAGAAAUUGAAGCGCGCGGUGAACCGGGCGACGCAACAGGAAGGCGCGGCUGUCGUGAAUGGGGCGUUGUCAAGCGCAGCGAGUCCUGCUUUAGCUCGUAGUUCCGGUGGCGGCCACGCGGCGGGGGAAGAAAACAGCACAAAGACAAACAGUAAGGACAAUGUAACAAAAUCACCGCCGGCACCGGGGAGUCCGAAAGAGGAGGACGAGAACAUCCAGAGUGGGAGUCGGGCCGCAAAGAGGUCUUCUUCUUCGUCCCCCCCUGGCUCUCCAACUACUCAGUCCCAGUACUACAAAGCUACCAGCAUCCGUUACGCACCCUCGAGCGCGAUUUUGCCAGAUGGGCGGGUUGUGUUUUUCUCGUCGGUCACAUCGGGGAUGGUGCAACAUCAACAAAACUUCUCCCCCGUAGGCGGCGAGCACGGCACGACCACGGGCAUGAUUAGUACACCUAGUACCGGCGUAAACUAUCUGCAGCCCCCAGUGAACUUGACCCUUGGACUACCACCGCCUGGCGCAGGACUAGCGGAUCCACCUUCAACAUCGCAGAGCACUAGCCGGGCACUUCCGCUAAGCGCCGCCACGGCCAGCUCUAUAUUGCACACCACGCCGUUGUUGCAAGAGUCUGCGUUUCUGACGAAGCCACUGUCAUUCACCGGCUCUGGCAGUAGGACGGUGGGGCUGAAGCAGCCGAAGACGGUACUGCGGUGGGUUCGAUUUUGGUUAUCUGCAUUGAUGUCGUUUAGUAGUCUUUUGUGUAGCGUCAUGCUUACAUAAAAGGUGUUCAUCACGUGGAGUGAAGCCUAAAGUUCUAAGCGGAUAUUUCUCACAAUUGAAUUUAUGGUUGUGACAACAUCGAUCCAUGCAUCUUUAUCUUAUCAGGUCCAAAAGCCCAUGAUUCCCGGCGUUGAGCCAAUAUUCUCGACGUUCCCCGACCAAAACCGGACCGGACCAUUGCUGAACCCUGUGGGCAGCGACGUCAGGUUGGUCAGCAGUCCGGGAAAACAAGAGCAAAGCCAGAGUGCGACGAGAGCGACUAAUGCGCAGGUGCUGGUGCAAGAACCAUCGGCGCAAGUAGGACCACUUGUUGUGUGUGCGCAAGCACACGAGAAUCAACAGCAGCAUGCCUCCAUGGAAAGCAUAUUUACCCUGUCCGGAAACGCGGUUGGGCAGAUUCCUCUGUUACCGGAAUACAAGCUAAACUUCGCCUGCGACCUAACGGACGGCGACUAUUCCGGAGCGGGAGAGGACUUUGAAUGGCGGGUCUUAAGAGGAUCUGCUACAGCUUCGGAAACAGGGGGCGCCAGCGGUUACGGCGCUACGACUUCCGCUGGAGUUGCUGUGCACCAGCUGGCCACAUCCCCAACUGCGCCGUCCAUCCUAGAGGUGGAUUUAGACCUCGGGGCGGCCUUGCUGGUCUGGCGGAAAUUGGCCAAGCCGGUGUCGAUUGACGGAGGGAUCUUUGAGGAUAGAGUCUCUUCCUUUAUUUCACCGCCGGCAGCGCAAGAUGGAGAAAGCCAGAAUACGAAUGACUAUGUCAAAAAACUUGGAGAACCGCCGCUAGGCCUCGGGGCUUCGCCAGCACCAACUAGUGCAGUCUCGAAGACGAGCUACGAGGCAUCGCCGUUUUUGGCCAGAAUCGCAACCGCCAUUGGGCUUGUUGGAGAUGAUCCUAUUGAUGAGCUGAAAAACAAGAGGACUCCGAAAAACAACAAGAGUGACUCCUCUGAUGAAACAAACAAGGAAGGACACCGGCACCUUGACGUUGCGAUUACCUCACCACGCGGAGGGCCGCAUGGAUCUGCGGGGAAGAGUCUGAACGUGCUGGAAGUGCCUUCGAAUCGCUUGCCGAAGACCUUUGACUCGACCAGCUUGAGGGUGUACGUGAACAGCAGCACGACAACAGAAGCAUCCGAAAUAAGAGCAGCUGAGAAAAUCAAGGCCAACCCGUACGAAACCAGAAAAGAAAAACCCGCUACCUACCGCUCCAUCUCGCUCGUGUGCACGAGCAGCCGCAGUCUCUCCGCCGUCUGUCUGGACGCCGACACUUCGGUUGUCCUCAAGCAUAGUCUCCUCGCUGCCGCGACUGCACCAAUUUCCGUAGAGGCACUGUCGGCGGAUGACUUCUCUUUCGCAGGACAGGUCGUUGCAACCAACUACAGCAACUACAGUACCUCGAGCAGCAGUAGCUUGAAAAAUCAUGAUUUGCUGUCGGGGGAAAUAAACAAAACGCUGACGGACCUGGAAAGCUACUGCAGAAUUACGGCGAAGUGCUUUUCGCGGAAAACUUCCGCGCCGGUGAGUCUCUUCUGCCGGGGGUUGCUGCGCAAGUACAAGCUUCGCGACUACAUGCAGGUGAAUCGCAAUCACCUGUGCGGAUUUCAGGUCCCGGGCAUCCGGUGCUUCGACACCUAUGAUCCGAAUUACGUCGUGUUGACCGGAACCGGGAAUAUUUGGGUUGUGCACGACCAUUGGGUUUCGAAUCCAAGAGUUUCUAGAACCACAAGCACAACUCCGCAGCUGUAUCAGUCAGCAGAGGACGUCGCAGCUGCGGUAUUUAAUAGUAGCGCAGCCGCGGUGGACGAGCUCGACGUCGACCAGGUCACCCUGCAUGAAAAAACUCCCGGAGAAAGUGCCUCACCACGACCACGCGGUGGACAGGCUUCGGCGGUACAACCGGUGGCCAAGCUCUCGCCGAAACAGAGAAAAAUGGAAGCCGCUUUCGCAGCCUUUGCUGGCGGUACCGCAAUAGGGGACGAGGGGGAAGAGGAUAGUGGUGUAUUUGAAGAUGGUGCACCGACACAGGAGCGGGAUUCUUUGUCGUCCCUCCUCGAGAAGUCGGCGCCUGUAGCAGCAGCUGCAGCAGAAAAUUCAGUUCCUGCCGCAGUGGAGUCGUUUGUUGAUCAAGAAAAAGCUUCUGGUUCACGAUCUCGUUAUUUUCGUUACGACGAAAAGCAAAAAAGCUCAGGUAGUUCAAAGCCCCACCCCCACCAGAAGCUGCAAUCUCCGACGUUUUUUCAGAGCAGCGCCUACGCAGAGGGGGAACGGGGGGCCGACGAAGCGGAGAGGAUGCAAAUUUCCUCCGGCGGGCCAGAUGAAGAGGGAAAGGAGGACCACCCGGAUGGAGAGUCUCCGGUGGUCGUUCCCGCGAUGCAUUCUAAGAUGACCUCUUCAGAAAUUCUUUCCAGCCCGAGCACAGGAGCGGUGACGGGGUCGAUGAACAUCAAGCCGCCUAUAUUGCAAUGAAAAGUCCCCCCUCCCCAUAUCAAGGCGAAAAUCUGUGAUGCAGAUUUGUGGUCAAAAAUCAGCUUUGUGAUGCUAGAAGGCAAAAGAUGCGGACUGUAGUGCUGUCUAGCGUGGGAAAGCCUUGCAGCUCCAGGAUGACAGGAGGCAACUGGAAGUGGGAAACAGCAUGACAGAUUGCCUGCAAUUUAGGCCGCAGCCUCGUCUCUUGGCCUUCUAGCAAUACAAGUCGACUUGUGUACUCAAAUACAGCAUCACAAAUUCGCGCAUCUUCCGUCUCCGGUAUGGGGUGGGGGCUUUUUUCACUUUGAUAGCCUAUCGAGCAGCGCCUGUACACAGAGCGCACCGUCACGGUGCCCUUCGGGGUGGAGAAACUCGGCUUCGGGUUUCACAUUCGCGAUCACUUUAUCGUCGACAUCGUCGCGGAUUCGUGGGCAGAAACCAGCGGCGUGCAGAAGGGAGAGUACAUCGUGAAGGUUUGCGGAGAACCCUACGCGGAGCUGACGCCGGAGCGACGGCAGAACUUGUUGGCGCACAGGCGCCCCUGCGAGAUCGUGCUGCGCUCGUACUUCGUCCGGGAAGCGGUGGGCGAGAAGGUCAAGCAGGGACGGGAAGAAGAAGAAGAAAAACUGGAAGACUACUUGAAAAACGCGUUAAGCCGAACCAACUCGUACGACCAGGAGAUGGCGCCUAAGGCUUUGUCGAAGUCCAGUGCCUCAGCCACGGCGUAUCUGGACGCCCUGCUGAGCAUAUGCCUUGCAAAAUCAUCUAAAGAAACAUAAAAGCCACUUAGAGCAGAGCUAGAGAAGUUUGUAAUGCAUGAUAGAAAGCAGAUAGGUACAAUGUACAAACACCAGUGUAACGGUAGCUACUGCUGUACCUGUACAUGUACGCGUACGCACGCCCACGUGCAGCUGCGCAUUACAAACUUCGGGCAAGGAUGAAAAGAGAAAUUCUAUAAAUAAUUUUGCACUGCAUAGGGCAGCAGUGCCAAGAAACUGGAAGAGCGGAAAAUCAUUUGGGAAGGAAAAAUUUAAGAUGGAAACCAAAAGGGGGCGCGGGGUCGGAGUUUUUUUGGUUGUUGCCUUUUGUAUUUGCAAAGAAAAUAGUGAUGAUUUUCAAUUUGUCUUUGUUUCAACAUUCAAUAUCAAGAGAGUUUCUUGUGUAUCCGCAUUUGAGCUCGAGUUGACUUGUGUCAGCGUGAACCUGAACUACCUCGACAUCUAUAAUUUCGCCAUUAUUCAUUGCCUGUAUGUGCUUCCGUUUCCUACAACUACAACCAGCUGACAUGUUUGUGAAUUUUUCUACGAAGUCGUACUACCUUCUUUAUGAAUGUUUUUUUCAUCGGAUCAUUGUUUGAUGUGUCUAGUACCGCUUGUUUUUCCCUUACUUGUAGAAUGGUUUUUGGUUUGAGAAGAUUCAUCUGUACAGUAUGUUUCUGCAUAUGGCUACUUUCGAAAGUAACAGAAGCAGGUGAGCUGUACAAAAAGCUGCAAAGAAAAAACUGAAGCAUCAAGAACCAGAUGUUGCGCAUGGAGGAAGACCAGCUUAUGGA